AUGUCCACUAAAACCCUCCUCCUUUCUCUCCUCCUCCUCUCCUCUCUCCACACUUCCUCCUUCGCAUUCAAGCCCAAGUUCAUCCCUCCCAAGCUCCCUCCCCCAGACCCCUUCUGCCCGAGAGACGUCCUCAAGCUCGGCACCUGCGCAGACUUGCUCGGCAACGUGGCGAGUGUGGUGGCCGGAGAGCCUCUCGGGGCAAAAUGCUGCGCUCUGCUGCAGGGGCUGGCGGACGCCGAGGCGGCGCUCUGCUUGUGUACCGCGGUUAAGGAGAGCGUGCUCGGCGUCCUGACGGCCGAGUGGUCGGUGGCGGUGAGCUCGGUUGCUAGCUCUUGCAAGAAGGAGAUCCCUGACGGUUUUAAAUGCGUCUAG